UGACCACGGCUAUAGUGUCAGCUGAUCCCGAAUUAAAGACUUGGUACAGUGGAGCAACCUGAAUGGGGAAGGCGAAAGUGUUUAUUGCUUGCAGGCACGAUUAGCUAUAAGGGGAGUUGGAAGAAAGGAGAUACAUUGUAAUACAUAUUGCUGGGAGGAAUAUUCAGAGGUAGUGUGUGAGGAAAUAGACGGGAAGCACAAGACCGUGGUCAUAAACACACUGCAUAUAAAUACAGUGUAUGGGCAACCAUUCUGUACGUUAGACUCCGAAAAGAGACUAGAUGGUCAGGUAUGGUACAGACGGGCUAGUGCUGAGACCAAGCACGGUGCAGCUAAGAAUCCUGAGAUACGGACACCAGUGGAUGUGACAAGCUGUUGAACAACAUGGGGACGCUACAGAGGAGCCGUAGUCUAAGUGACUGUCCAAAACCAUCCUCAGAGCGUCAGCGACUCCUCUCCCCUAGCCCUAACUAUGGCUCCAGGUUGCUUGAAAGUCCCACCCCAGAGGAGAUACAGCUUCGUCGGCGUCUCAAAUAUUUCUUCAUGAGCCCAUGUGAUAAAUUUCGUGCUAAGGGGCGAAAACCGUACAAACUUGCUUUGCAGUUUAUCAAGAUCAUACUAGUCACCAUACAGCUAAUCUUGUUUGGUCUCAGCAAUCAAAUGGUCGUGCAGUUUAAAGAGGAGAACACAGUGGCCUUUAAACACCUCUUCCUUAAAGAUUAUUCAGAUGAUUCGGAUAAAACCUAUGCUGUGUACACCCAGAGUGCCGUCUACGAAAGCUUGUACUAUGCUGUGGAGCAGUAUCUUUCACUACCAAAUCAAACCACUGCUCGUUAUGCUUAUACCAACUUACCGAACCAAUCAGCCCUCUCUGUUUGCCAACAAUAUUAUCGCAAAGGCCACAUUGAUCCAGCUAAUGAUACGUUUAACAUUGACCCAAUGGUUGUGUCAGAUUGUCUUUUCUUGGAUCCUCCAUUUAGUGGUGAAAGUUACAGAAAUCUCACCAUUAAGUUUCACAAACUAAUUAAUAUAACUGUGAUAUUCCAAUUAAAAGCCAUAAAUAUUCAGACAAUCAUAAACAAUGAGAUCCCAGACUGCUACACUUUUACGAUCACUAUCACAUUUGAUAACCAAGCACAUAGUGGAAGGAUCAAAAUCAGCCUGGACAACGAAGCUGUUAUUAGAGAAUGCAAGGAUCCAAGUGUAUAUGGCAGAGGUGAUAACCACUCUCGGCUGGCUUUUGAUAUAUUUGUGAUCCUUAGUUGCAUCCUGUCCUUCAUCCUGUGUGGACGAUCCAUCGUACGGGGCCUGCGACUUCAACAUGAGUUUGCUAGAUUUGUUCAGACCCGUCACACCCUUAGGGUUUCUAUCUCUGACCGGAUGGAAUUUAUAAACGGCUGGUAUAUGCUGCUAAUAAUUAGUGACAUCCUCACUGUAUCUGGCUCAGUCAUGAAAAUUGGGAUUGAGUCCAAGACUUUUGCUAGUUAUGACGUUUGCAGCAUCCUUCUGGGCACCUCAACUCUGCUUGUUUGGGUUGGAGUAAUUCGGUACUUGAGCUUCUUCCAGAAAUAUAAUAUCCUUAUUGUCACUCUACGGGUUGCUCUGCCUAAUGUGAUCCGCUUCUGCUGCUGCGCUGCUGUUAUAUACCUGGGUUACUGCUUCUGUGGUUGGAUUGUACUUGGACCCUAUCAUGUUAAAUUCCGCUCCCUGUCCAUGGUUUCAGAGUGUCUGUUCUCCCUCAUUAAUGGUGAUGACAUGUUUGUGACUUUUGCUGAGAUGCAGAACAGCAGUUACCUGGUGUGGAUGUUCAGCCAACUAUAUCUGUAUACAUUUAUUAGCCUUUUUAUAUACAUGGUACUCAGUCUCUUCAUAGCUCUAAUCACAGGAGCCUACGAGACCAUCAAGUUUCAAAACGCAGGAGAUGACAGUGAAACUGCUCUCUAUCAGUACAUAGCAGAGUGUAAGGACAGUCCUAGCUCUGGCAAAUACCGCUCAGCCAGUAACACUAAUUGUUCCAUGUUCUGCUGCAGUAAACAGAAUGAAGAUGAUGAUGAUAAUUCUGCAGUCAUCAACUGAAUAUACUUUGGUUCCUAUGGUGGUUCAGGGUUCCCAUGGACUUUUUAUUUAAAAGAUUUUUUUAAAGUCUUCCGUUAUGAUUUAAAGAAAAUAGGGUUCUAAAAUUUCUUUUAAAACCUUUUGUAAUUGGUUGUCUAGUUAAGGUACGUUUUUAAACUGGGCAUUUUAUACAGGGUUUUUUUAUGUAUGUAUUUCUUUUAAAUAAAUAUCGCAAUGGGGAACCAAAGGACUGAACCCAAGGGACAAAGGACAAAAUAAGCUUGCAGACAAGCAAAACCGAGACUGCCAAAUGCACAUUAAGAACGUAAAAGGUUACCUUUCACACAAUGCAGCCAAUUAGAUUCAGAUUUUGAUUGUGGCACUUAUCGUCUAUUUUAUUUUUAUUACUAUUUUGGUGUAUUUUAAUUAGAAUAAAAGUGUCACUCCCACACCCGCAUGGGCUGUGUGUUUAUGUAUAUAUGUUUACAUUGUUGUAUAUACUUUUGUAUAUUAACUUUAUCUGUUUAUUUUCAUUUUAAAUAAAUUAUAGCAGCAGGGA